GGUGUGAAUAGGUCGAUUCUGGAGUGUGUUUUUAGGGUUUAGUGAGUGAUUCUGGUAGAUGUAUUCACUUUCGUAGCUAUCAGCACACAGUUCCCAGCUGUGUAGAUCUCGUCUUGGGUUUGUGAAUCAAAGCUCGAGAUCCGUUGUUCAUGCUGCAACCUAAGGAUUGGAGUUGUCGUUCGAGUCUCGAACUGUAGCGAUACUUGUUUGGGGUGAAGAUUGCGCUUCCCCUGGACGGAGAUGAGUGAUUCAACCACUGGCAGCAAGGAGGUGGAGGAUGAGUGGACAGUCGUUCGAGGUCGCAAGAAGCGGCAGCAUACGAAACGAUCCUCGAGCAGAAACGCAGACGAUGGGCACCUGUCUUGUUGCCGCGGGCACGGGCCGGACUUAGACCUAAGCUCCGGGAAAGCUGUUGCAGAACAGAAACUGCGGGAGAAGUUUGCCAGUUCCAGGGAACGAGUGCGGAGUUCUGCGUUUUUCAAAAACUUAGUGGAGCAGAUGGAACGCUUGCAAAUUCUCGAAACGUUGCUGGCGAAUGGGAGAAGAGCUGGCCACAAAGCGUGUGAAUCCCACCUCUCAGACGGGAGGUCGACAACGGAAAGCUUAGAGCAGAAGGAAAUUGAAAUUUUUACGUUGGAGGUAACGCCUGCAACAAAAUCAUCAUCUCUUGUUGAGGUGGUUGUUCUCGGCGUGGGGAGCUUGCUUGACAGUGAGGUGUCACGCUGUCAAAUGUCCCUCGCGCUUCUCUUGAAGGACCGUUUCUCUUGCAUUGGCAAUAUACUUGCCUAUGACCCGGUGCUGUCGGCUAUGGAGUGCGCGUUUUUGACAAACCUAGGUUGCACCCCGAUUGUGCAAGACGAUAAGGGCAGAAGGCGAGCAGACUCUCCCACACUGUUUUACAUGCCGCAUUGCGGUGCUUCCCUCUAUAACAGUGUCUUGGAGGCGAAUGUGGAGCCAUGGUGCGUCGGGUGGAUCUCCAUCCUUGGCAACAGCUUUCAGAAGUACCAGGAUAGCUGGUCAGUGUUUCCGAAACCCAAGCACGCUAGGCCUGAUUGUUUGCUUGGGCUGCAAGAGCAUGUAACCGAGCAUUCUGUGAACGCUGCGUCGUUUCCCUGCGUAUCAGCUUUCAAUGACAUGAGUUGGCAUCUGUUUCCAGUUGACAAAAUUUUGUGAGGCCAAUACUUUGCAUAUGAUUUUGGCUGAGAUCACUAAUUCCUGCUAAUUUUCGUUGAUCUUC